AUGGCAGACACCAAUGUCGGGCACUACCUGGGCGACCUCGAGGCUGCAACUAAGGUCAUCCCACCGAACGAGCCAUACGUAAUGAUGAACCUGAUUACCUUCAAGCCACAUGCUACAUACAGCCCUGGCUAUCAGGGGCCUAAACCUGCGACGGGAAGGGAGGCGUAUCUCAUAUUCAGGGACAUGUUCAACGAGCGAGUAAGAGAGAUGGGUCUAGAUGUAUCCGUUGUCUUCAUGGGCAAAGCCCAUACACAGAUCGUGGCUGGGCCACAAGAAGGAGAAAGCUGGGAUGUUGUCGCUCUCGCCAAAUUUUCAUCCUGGGCGGCUUUCAGGUCGAUCCUCGAAGAUGAGAAAUACGUCAAGGAAAUUCAACCACAUCGUCUCGCAGCUCUGCAGGAGUUUCGAAGCUUUGCUGUCACGCAACCGCCACAGUCCUAG